UUCUACAGAGCUCUGCAGCACCGAGGGAGAGUGUGUGUGUGUGUGCACGGUGUGUGUGCAUGGUGCAGCACUUCACUCUGUUUCUUUUCAUGCAGCUUUGAGUGACACUUUGACAGCUGAGAAACAGCCUGGAGUUACAGCGCCUCAACGCAGCUUUUUUGAGGGAAUUAUGAGAAACGUGGAGCUGUGAUUUUAAUUUCCAGCUGACAUCUGAUAAGUCUGGAGGAGAUGGAGAACAAGGCCAUGUAUCUGAGCACAUAUGAGGAGAGAGAGAGCGGCUCCAUGUAUGAAGAGGCCUACGAUGGACACAACUUGUCCAAACUCAACCUGUGUGAUGAAGGUUCUGCAAAGCGUCGCAGGAAGCAGGAUCAGUGCUGUGCUCACCUGAACUCCCUCUCAGCCAUAAAGUACGCCAUCGUGUCCCUCUACAUCCUGGUUCUUCUCACCAUCUUCGGACUCUGCCUGGCAGUCUCUCGUUCCCAGGUGUCUUCACAGCGGCAGGAGGUGCUGAUGGAGAACGUGACCCGGAUGUCAGAGCGCUCUCGGCUGCUCCAGCAGAACCUGGGCGAGGCGUCCACACAGGCUGACCUGCUGGAGAACAUCUGGAAACUGGAGAAUCUCUUCCAAAACCACAGCGACUGGCUGCAGAGGCUGGAGAUCCUCAUCAAGGGCCUGGAGGUGGAGCUGAGAACCAUGCAGGCUCACUCCCUCCAGUCAGAGGGCUACUUGGUGCAGCUGGAUGACAGGUUGUCCUACCUAAGCAGCUCCACUGGCAGGAAUCUGACUAGCUUGAGUGUGGAAGUGUCCCGAGCCUCUGCCUGGCUCCAGGACCAGGACCUCCUGUUCAGGGAAACCUCAGGACAGGUGAGCAGGCUGAGAGAGAAACUGGACGAGGUCAACUGGAUGGUAGGAGCUGUCAACCACACCUUCAGCAGUGACAUCAGUAUUCACCACCUGAAGAUACAAGACCUGCAGAUCCAGAUCAGCAACAUAACAGAGGACACCAGCAGUUUGUGGGUGACCCACGUCCACACGGAGGCCCAGCUGAGGAACGAGAUGGAGAUCCUGAACACAAUCACAGAGGACCUCCGCCUGAAGGACUGGGAGCACUCCCUGGCCCUGAAGAACCUCACCAUAUUUGAAGGUCCUCCAGGGCCAAAGGGAGAGAAGGGUGAUACUGGACCACUGGGGCCCCCUGGAGCUCCUGGGUUGACAGGCUUGAGAGGGUUUACAGGAGAAAAAGGGAACCAGGGCAGUCGAGGAGUUAAAGGGUCUGUCGGGCUCGACGGUUUACAGGGACAAAAAGGAGACAUUGGACCCCCUGGUCCUAGAGGUGACAGAGGAGAAAGAGGGUUCAAGGGGGAGAAGGGUGACCGAGGAGACCGUGGAGAGAAAACAGUGGAGGAGACGUUGGUGCGGCUGGUGAAUGGGUCAGGUCCUCAUGAAGGCCGUGUGGAGGUUUUCCAUGAACGUCGCUGGGGGACAGUGUGUGACGACGUCUGGGACAAAAAGGAUGGAGACGUAGUGUGUAGGAUGCUGGGUUACGCAGGAGCAGCUGAAGUCCAUAAGACAGGACGCUUCGGACAGGGUGAGGGGUCAGAAAAUGAAUGCUUUGAGAUCCAUCACGCUGACGGGAGCAGAGAAAACUGGGCGAGGGAGAGCGCUGGGGAAAAGGGCAGCAUCUCUUCCUCAUAG